UGAGGGUCGGCGAUAAGAUAGAUAGCAAGGAAAGAUGCGGGGAGAUGCCCGACAACCCCCAUUCUUGUCAGGCACAUCUGCUUAUCGGCCCCAUCUCUGUCCAUGGAGCAGCAAGCUGAUGGUUUUUAUAUGUUCCUCUCAUCAUGUGGUAGUGUAGCUUCACCUCAAUCACACACACACACACACACAUACAGCAUGGCUCCCAAAAUCCACAUCAAAGAGAAGCUCUCCCGUCCCGACAACAGUCGGAUGCAGAUCCUCGUCAUCGGCGCCGGUCUCGCCGGUUUAGGCACCUCCAUCGCCUGCCUUCUGGCCGGCCACGACGUCCACAUCCUCGAAGCCACCCACGAGAUCCGUGAAGUCGGCGCCGGCAUCCAAGUCCUCCCCAACAGCUCCCGCGUGCUACAACACUGGGGUCUGGAAGCCGCCCUCACCCCACACAUGACCCAUCCCCGCGUCUGCAACUUCAUCACCUGGAAAGGCACCCCCAUCUCCUCCCUCGACUUUUCCCAAUCCGCACAAUCCUACCCAGGCACCUGGUAUCGGGAUUUCCACCGCGCCGAUCUCCAGCGUUGUCUGCUAGAACGGGCAACGGAGCUAGGCGCGGAGAUUACCUGCGCCGCGAGAAUCGUGGAUAUCCGGGUACAAGAAGACGGCGGAUUGGCGACAGCAGUGGCGAGUGAUGGACGCGAAUGGACGGGCGAUUUGGUCGUCAGUGCGGAUGGGGUGUUUGGGAAAUUGACCGAGGUGAUGCUGGGGAGGCCAGAUCCACCAGUCAAAACGGGGGAUUUGGCGUAUCGGUUGUUGUUGUCGACGGAGGAGAUGUUGAAGGAUCCCGAGUUGAGAGAGUUUGUUACUGAUCCGCAGGUGAAUUAUUGGUUGGGGCCGGAUAAACAUGCUGUAAAUUAUGUCCUCCGACAAGGCGACCUCUUCAACAUGGUCCUUCUCGUACCAGACGACAUCCCCGAAGAAUCUCUCGCCUCGACCGUCGAAGGCAACGUUCAAGAAAUGUGUGCCUUGUUCGAAGGAUGGGAUCCCCGAAUCCAAAAACUCCUCAAACUCUGCCAAUCCGUCCACAAAUGGCGUCUCUGUAUCCGUUUCGGCGACUACAACUGGACCCAUCCGUCCGGUGCAUGGGUCAUGCUCGGAGACGCCGUCCACGCUACCCUCCCCUAUCUCGCCUCUGGCGCAGGAAUGGCCUUCGAAGAUGGCGCCGUCCUCGGCGAAUGUCUCUCCCGCCUCCCCACCAGCCCAUCCAAAACCUCCCCCGAAUUCCUCUCCGCGAAGCGCCACGCCCUCGCCGUAUUCGAGAAAUGUCGCAAACAGCGCACAAAGAUGGUCGUGGAGCGCGGAAACAUCCAGCAGUAUUUAUAUCAUCUCCAUGAUGGGGCGGAGCAGGAAGAGCGCGAUGCCAAGAUGCGCAUGGUGCCGACGCCUGAGGGGGAGGCGUUGGCGUGGAGGGAUCCAGGCCUGGCGCCGAGGUUGUUGGGGUAUGAUUUUGUUGAGGAUGUGAAUGCAAAUUGGGAUACAGUGGGAGCAACACUGGGAGAGAUAACGGGGGAGAUGGCGAGGUGGUAGGUAGGUAUAAACUGGGUAGAUGUUUCCUUGCCUUUAUGAAAAUUUCAAAUUAUGGAUAAAUAUUCAUACUAUAUCAUCCUUGAUGGAAAUGUAUCAAUUUAUUACAUUCUAC